AUGUCUGAAGUAAAACAACAACAGGUCGUUCCAACCCCUUCACAAAACAUCUUGAAUGAUAAAUGGGAUGUUGUCCUUUCAAACACAAUUGUUAAAACUGGUUUAGGUUUUGGUGUUGGUGUUUUAGCAUCAGUUCUUUUAUUCAAACGUCGUGCCUUCCCUGUCUGGAUGGGUGUUGGUUUCGGUCUAGGUAGAGGUUAUGCUGAAGGUGAUGCUAUCUUUCGUUCAAAUGCUGGCCUAAGAACAGUUAAAGCUUGA